AUGACUAAAAUAACUAACGAACAAAAAAACAAAAUAUUACAAGACCUUUCUUCAAAAAAUGAGUGGAAGGCUGUUCAAGAAGCUGGGUCGCUAAUUGAAAAAAUCAAUGAUGUUGAAGAUGAAAGAAUGCCGGGGGAAAUUUACUCAAAUUUGCUAACUGACGAAAGAUUAAAGGAUAUUCAAAAUCCACAACCUAAUAGCAAUUUACAAAAAGCUGUUCAAGCCCUUAGAGAUAAUGGAGCGGAUUUAGCAUUAGACGAAUUGAUUGAUCAUGAAAAAAGAAAACGAGAAAUUCGAAUAAAUAGGAGACAAGAAAGAAAUAUUUAUCAAUCAAUGGUUGAUAUAAAAGAUGUUGAGAUGGAACAUUUUGAUCCUCACGAUUAUUCUUCAUCGAGUACAACAAGUAGUAGCAUCUUUCAGAGCAUGGUAGAGGGGGUUACGGUGAAGUCUAUUACGGAAAAUGAGAUCUCCAAGAACACUUCUGAACCUGACCUUAAGGAUAUAAAAAGAGAAAUAGACAUACUUAAAAACCUAAGAAAUAAACACAUCAUACAAUAUUAUGACACUUAUUCUAAUGAUCAAGAACUCCUCAUUAUCAUGGACUAUGCCGAAAAUGGCACUUUAACUAAGUUUAUCGAUGAUAACAAGGACAAGAAACAUAAUUGA